UUAACAUAUUUGCUAAGCCUCUGUUGGAAAUAAGCCAUCUGUGUGUCAGCUUAUGUCAUAACCAACAGUGGUAAAUUAAUGAGGUUUUCAUUUUUUGUAGAUUUUGAAUUGAAAAAUAGGGGUUUAUGCAGUCGAAUGCAAUUUUAUUUAAACUGAAAUUUGAUUUUAUUUAUUACUUAUGACUAUACAUGUAUGCUUGCCUGAUUAUAUGUACAUUGUAUUUGUUAACUUCUUAACCUUAUAUGUAAAUUGCUUGUUCAAAAAAUUAGACUUGCACGUGAGAUUGAGCAAUAUCAUUAAUUGCUGUAGUAUGCACGACAAGGUAAAAGGUAUGACGUGGUGACCAAUUUAGAAGCAUCUUUCCUUAUUAUCUAGAACGGAUCGGAUCGACGUUACAGGUAAAAGUUAAAAGGGGUCAAACUGCAUCAUAUAUUAAAAUAUAUGUAUAUGCAUAACAUUCCAAUCUUAUUCCCGCGAUAACUCAAUUAUUAGUCAGUAAACUAUUUUCGUGGUGGUAAGGUUGAUUUACAAUUUGUUAAAAAAAAUCUUAGUUUUCAAGGACGUCUGGGUUCUAACAGACAAAGACACUAUUUGAUUCAUUAAAGAUAAUAAUUAGACACCGCCUACUUUUUCAUUAACCGUACGAUCACCAAAUGCGUGGGUUUGUAUGAUUACCACUGUGACAAUUUUGUUUAAAGCAAAGGUGCAUUCAGAGCGCGAAUUGCAUUAUACAAUAGUGAAAAAUUAAGGACGACUUUAACACAAAUUUGAUUUAAUGAAACUAACACAUAUAUCGUUAUCUAAGAUAGCAAUAUUUAUUAUAAUUGUUGCAUAAUGACUUAGAAUCAAAACGUCAAAUUCCAGGUAGACACCCUGCACUUUUGGGUGGCUUGAAUGAGUGCACAAAAAGGGGGAUUCCCGAUUCCCUCUAAAUGUUUGUCAACAGCCAGCGACUAUGCAGUGGCAGACGGUUGCUUGUGUUUAUGUAAUUUUAUUCUCGUUGAUUUCACAAGUUGAAACAAAGAAAGAAGUUUUCUGUAGACCUGGAAAGCACGAGCAUUAUGUUAAACAAUACGGACAAUGUAAGAAGUGCGACAAGUGCCCGCCAGGCUGGGGCUAUGGAAAAUACCAACAGUUAGACAUGGAUCCCGAACACGGGGCAGUGUCCUGUAGGGGGUGUGUCAAGUGCAGCCCGGGAGUGAGCUUCAGUAAGUUCAUAGGUUACGGGCCGUGCCGGCCGUGUAAGAACUGCUCGGCGAGAGGCCUGGGAGAAAAGCGACCCUGCAUCACAGACAGGAACGCGAGAUGUGCAGCUCCUUUACCCCAACCACCCACAAAACAACCACUGCAAAAUAUAGAAAAACCAGUAGAUCCAAAAAUGACUCAGCAUAAAAAUUAUCUAUCAACUGCCAGCGAAGAUUUGACCAGUUUCAAGAACGUGUUCGUCUACACGGUUGUAUCCGUGCUCUUCCUAAUGAUUCUGAUUUUCACAGCUUUAUACGUCCGGAAAAGGCGGUCUUAUUCGAAACCGAAUCUUAAUCGAGGAAGCCAUCAACAAACACAACGAAGGACUAACAGGAUUAUUGAUGCAACUCUUGAAACACCUCUGACCCAAAACGAUGAACAUAUGUCUGCAGGUAAUCGACAACUGAGUUUUAAUACGGGGAAUGAUGUAAUUCGGGAACAUGAAACUAAUCCGGCUAAAUGUCAAAAGGAAUCGAACCACGAGUCCAUUCCUCUCAUAGAAUCACAUUUCAAGACUGUCGAACAACAUCUACUGGACAUUGAUGGCGCACAAAGCGAUAAGCCUACCCAGAGAUGUGCUAUUCCUAGGGGGUUGGGAUCAAACGGAACGGGAACACUGACAGACGCAGAACUUCAGAGACUUUGUCCGGCAUUGGCAGCCAAGAACGCUUAUCGGAGAGUCGGGCGCAUGCUCGGCGUACCUGACAGAGACAUCGAUAUCAUAAGAGAAGAAACCAGAGGAGAUCCGAAGGAAUCCGCGUUUCAAACGUUAAAAAAAUGGACGGAGUUGAAAGGAAACGACGCAACACGCCAACAGUUAUGUUUGGCACUUGGUCGCAUCGAGAGACAAGACCUUGUCGAUGUAAUCACUACUAGUAACAAUCCGACCAGUCGAAACUAAAAAAGACUGACUGUGACUAGCGACUGAAUUCCGAAGUAAAAGCCGGAACAGUCGAAAUGACUGACCCCCGACUCCAAUGCCGACUAGGGCUUCGAGAAUGCUGUCUCUACUGUAUUCCUCUCCAGUGCAGAUUCGUUCCUCAUAGAAACUGUCCAUGCAUUAUAGUUUCUUGUGUCUUUCUUCACUAGAACUCCUGCUAGAUGGCGGAGAUGGUCAAGCAUAAGGGUGGCGGCAAUUGAUUCUCCUGAUUUAUGAGUUGAAAUCAAUAAAGGUUAAAAAUUGUUAAA